AGAGCAGAGCAGUCGAUUGGGAAAAAAAGGGCAGUUUGAGAGAGAGAGAGAGAGAGAGAGGAGAGAGGAGAGGGAGAGAGAGAUCAUCUUUUUUUUUCCAUGUAAAAAGAGCAGAGCAGUCGAUUGGGAAAAAAGGGCAGUUUGAGAGAGAGAGUGAGAGAGAGAGAGAGAGAGAGAGUUUGAGAGAGAGAGAGGUAGUUAGAGAGAGAGAGAGAGAGAGAGAUGGGAAAAUUGGAAACAUGGGCUCUGAUACUAGUCCUUCUUGUUCCGCUUUCCCAUGCAAAUGCAACAACCCCUGAUCAGCAAGUACGAGGAGAAGAAGAUAAAUCAUCAUCUUCUUCAAAACCCAACAACAGGAACAGCAGGAGAAUCAUCGAUGUCAAAGGAGGCCCAGAUUCUGUGGUGUGGGUGGUUCAGCUCUCCGAUCUCCAUUUCAGCGUCCACCACCCCGACAGAGCUCUCCACUUUAAGGAGUUUGUGGGCCCCGCUCUUUCUUUCAUCAACCCUUCUCUCGUUCUCAUCACCGGUGAUCUCACAGAUGGGAAGAGCAAGGAUUUAUUGACAAUGAAGAUAAACGAAGACGAGUGGCUGGAAUACCAGAAUGUGAUGGAAGAUGUUGUGAAAAGGAGUGGACUUGACAAAAGCAUCUUUUUUGACCUCAGAGGGAAUCACGAUAACUUUGGCGUACCAGUGGUUGGUGGUUCUAUCGAUUUCUUUUCAAAGUAUAGCAUCAAUGGGCAGUUGGGAAGAAAUAAAAAUGUCAACAGCGUCACCCUUCAGACUGCUGAGCAAAAACAUCUCUUCGUUGGAAUUGACAGUACAAUGACUGUUGGUUUACGAGGUCCGACUAAUCUUUUCGGACACCCAACAGAUCAGCUAUUAGCUGAACUAGACAUGGAGCUUUCUCAAUGGGAUUCUCAAUCAACAAAACCCAUAAUCAAGAUUUCCUUUGGGCAUUUUCCUCUUUCAUUCUCAGCAUCAUCAUCUUCUGGGAAGAGCCUCAAAGAUGUAUUCCUCAAUCAUUCCUUAUCAGCUUACCUAUGUGGGCAUCUCCAUACAAGGUUUGGUAAAAAUUUGAAACAUCAUCACCAAUCGGAUCAUCAUGUUACCUUCCUACAGAAGUUUUUCCAGUUUAAUCCACAUGGAGUGAAUUACGGUGAUAUUGUAAAUUGUUCAACUGGAGUUGCACCGAUCAAAGAAUUCUGGGAGUGGGAGAUGGGUGACUGGAGGAAGAGUAGAGCCAUGCGAAUUUUGGCCAUUGAUAGAGGGCAAGUUUCUUAUCUAGAUAUUGACUUAAAGUUGGGAGGCAAAAAAACUAUUAUCUUGCCCACGUUUCCUUUGGAUUCACGCUUCAUGUCAACAUCUUCAUCGCAUCACAAAUAUGAAUGCCAAGUCAUGGUUCCUUCUUCUUACGAGACAGUUAGAGCUUUGGUGUUUUCUGUUUCUCCUAUCGUCUCAGUUAUAGCUAGGAUCUACGAUUUGAGUCCCGGAAAUCUCAAUCUUGUCAUGGAGACCCCAAUGCACAAGAUUGAAGAAAACAACUCUAGGGGGGAUCUUUAUGUUGCUCCAUGGAAUUAUGGAGCCUUUGAUGACCCAGCUCCUGAUAGAUAUUGGUUGCAGAUAGAAGCAAUUGAUGUCAUGAGAAGGUCAACUUUGACUGAUCUAAGGCCAUUUUCCAUCAAUGGUCUUAAUACGAAGGUCUCAUGGACGUGGACGGAGUUUAAAGUCAUGGGUUGUCAAUGGGCAGCCCUUUAUUACCCCAUAUUGUGGUCUGCUUUAUAUUUUAUGCUCUCCAUUCUUAUUAUUGCGAAAGCUUUGUUGAUUUUCUCAAAUAGGCGGUUCACUUAUAAGGAUUUUGUUGCUCACAAGAGCCUAAAAAAUUGUAUAGGAUGGAUUCUGCAGGAAUUUUGCAAGGUUCCUAUAGUAUGGUUUGGUUUGCUGGGAUACUUAGUUUACCUUAUGUCAUUCCCAUGGUUUAUUGGAAAAGUUUUCACCAAUGGCGAGAAUAGGGGGUACAUGACUUACAUGGGUUGGGCAGUCGGAUCUUUCAAUGAAAGGGAAAAGCAUGAAUAUGUUGGAUUCCCAGAUAUAAUGGUGGUUGUUAUUCCCCAUCUUUUCUAUGCGGUAUUGCCUUCUAUUUUGGUCACUGGCUUUCUGGCUGCUGAAAAGAGUAUCUAUUGGGACCAUUUUCUGUCAGUUACAGGGAAGAAAGAAGAUGAUAAUAACCGUGAGGAAAUAUCAAAUUCUUGUAUUGCAAUGCGGUGGAUUCGGAAAGUUCUUUUGUUGGUUUGCUUGGCAAUCUGUUGGAAGCACUUUAUGAAUUGCAGGGCACUUGUGAAAGCUUAUGAAAUGAAUCCGAUUCUCCACUGUCCAGUAUAUAGUUUCGCAAUCCCUCUGCUUUUGGCUUUUGCUGUCUACAAAACCAGAAGUUUAUAAUCGACAUAAGAGAGGGCAACUUUUUGACCAUUUAUACCUCUCUCUCUCUCUCUCCCUCCUCGCCGGAUUACAGUUUUAGCAAGUUUUGAUGCUUACAAUAAUAGCAAAACAACUGACAUAUUUUGAGCAAUCGUUGCUUCAAUUCAUCAAUCAUCUAAUACAAGAAUUGUUACAAGCUCCCUUGUGGUAGACCGAGUGAUGUGUAUUUACAAAGAUGAUAGUGGCAUUUUAUUUGUUACUAAAAAAAAAAAAA